AUGAGACCUCUGAUCCCCCAAAACCUCCAUUCUCAGGUACCACCAGUUUUCUUCUACUUUUCUUGGGUCUUCAAAUAUUUAUCUUACAUCAUAGUCUCCCAUUUACUAGCCAUGGCUUCCACCAUUUCGACGACAGUGGCUACUAAGAUCGAGAGCAACAAUGAAAGUGUAACUUCAAUAAUGAAUGUGACACAGCAACAAAGUCGACGGGGUUCAUCGGGUCUUUUCUCGAGCCUCAUGGAUCAGAAACGGAACAACUCAGAUGCAGCCGCUCAAGCACGACGGGCUAGUUUCCAUAACAUGAAGCCAACUCCAGGGUUUUUUGGCAAGAUAUGGCACAACUUUACCCUUGGCCCAACUCCAUCAAAAUGA